AUGGCAAAUUUUGAAACAUUUUCUAAACGUAAACUAGCGAAACUUGAACGUCUGACAAGUGUUCGGAAACGAGAAUGGCUGCAGUCUGGUAAAGAUCAUGGAUUUGUAAGAUUAUAUGCUCCAGUUGGAACUCGUUCUUUGGUAUAUCCGGUAACACUUGCAACAACCGCUCAAGAUAUUUGCUCUGUUUUGGGCUUUGAAAGUAUUUAUCUUCAAAUUGGUGGGUCCAGAAUAAGAAGUUUGGCAACAGGAGAGCGACCUCUUCACAUACAAAAUGAAAUUCUGUCAAAUAUCGGACGAGAAACAAAAGCAGAAUGUAUGAAUGCUGGCGAUGCAACACAUUUGACGCAUAUUUUUUGCUUUUUUAUAGGUCGUCCUGAACAAGCAACCGAUGGGAGAGCGUCAAGAGAAAUAUUAUUAGCAUGGUGUGAUGUGCGCAAAGGUAGAUUAUUGCACAAAUGGAGCAAACGCCGUUGUACGCUUUAUAAUGGAACAAUUAGAAUUGAAUAUGAAAAUGCCGAUGACGAGAUUCUAUUGCUAAGUCGAUACCGUACAGAUGUGGCAGAAGGAAGUCGUGGGAAGUAUUUACGACUUACAGAUUCUUCUAACAUUUAUUGUUUACAUUUUGAUGCAAUCGGUGAAAUGAAUUUGUGGUUUUCUCGUUUGUUACAAACUCAGAUAGCACCAAGUUGCGACUUAAGUGAUCAUCGCCUGUUGCUACUACCGGAUGAACUAUUUUCAGUAAAUGUGAAUCGACAGGUUUCCACGUUGAAUUUACGUAGAAAUUCGUUACAAUUUCGUCCCAAAAAUCAGAUUCGAAGUUCACUGCUUGGUUGGCUUGAUGAUUUGGGACGACUGCAUGCUCUACGCUCAUUGAAUAUUGCUGAUAACUCACUUUAUCACUUUCCAAAUGCUGUUACAUGUCUUAAAAAUCUUACCGAACUUAUACUUUCUGGUAAUCGAAUUACUUCAGUUCCAUUACAAAUGGGAGAGUUAACUAACUUAACAUCAUUAAAUUUGAGCAAUAAUUGGCUAAAAACAAUACCAAACGAACUUUCGCGCUGCCUAUUACUAUCAAAAUUGGAUUUAAGCUUCAAUCGCUUUGAUCAAAUUCCUGAUGUCUUCUUAACUCUCAAACGAGUUUCACAUCUUGAAAUGGCUGGUAACAACAUCACUUCUUCAGCACUGCAAUCACUGCCGUGCAUUCACGUACAGAAAAUUGACUUGCGUCGAAAUAAUUUAAUACGAGCAGUACAACUAACAUCAUUCAUCUGCUGCGUUUUAACAGAGUUGGAUAUUCGUGACAACGUAAAUUUAUCUGAAUUGGAUCUGACUAAUUUAGCAACCGUACAGGUCGGUACUUAUAUGGCAGACGUGUUGAAAACAAUACAUUGUGAAAGGCUACAACUGACAAAUCUGCAAGUGAACGGAACAAAUUUGAGAUAUUUAUAUGCCGAUCAUAAUGAUUUAUCGCAAGCAAUCAUAAUGCCAGUACCUGUGCAACUAAUAGUAUUUUCCAUCGCUCACAAUCAUUUUUCUUCGCUUCCAGAAUGGCUCACUGAUUUACCGCAAAUUGAAACGAUUUCUGCUCAUCACAAUUUGAUCACAUAUUUGCCACAAAGAAUUUUUAUGAAUGUUAGCAAGUUAAAAAACUUAUACUUACAUCACAAUCAAAUUGAACGCUUACCUGAAGUAAUCGAAAACUGCUCUUUGGAAAUUUUAUCACUGUACAGUAAUCGGAUUGAUGAGUUACCCAAUCAGUUGCUAAGAGCAGCACAUAAGUUGAAAAACUUGAAUGUUUCUUAUAAUCGAUUAAAAAAAUUACCGCCAGCAAACACUAUGCUUGAUCUCAACAGAUUGCAAAUUCUUCGAGCUGCUAGUAAUCUCCUAGACGAAACUGUUAUUAGCGUUGUAGUAAACUGCCGACGUUUAAGGAUUCUGGAUCUUUCGUAUAAUCAAUUAAAAUUCUUUGAUGAUAGUUGUUUACGUCGCUUAAUAGCACUAGAAGAAGUAAAUUUAGCAGCAAAUUGCUUAAUCUCGAUCUCAGCCACAUUUGGAGAAUUACCUAAUUUACAGUCUCUUCGAGUACACUCAAACGACAUAACAACAGUUCCUGAUCUAUCUCAAUCACCGCAGUUAUUUUUACUCGAUAUCUCAAAUAACGAAUUAGCGCAUUUGGAUACAGAUUUAUGCCUAGCAAAACCCCUAAAACAUCUUGAUCUUACUUGUAACUACUUGUUACAAGUUGACACAAAUAAUAUUAGGCCAAAAAAACACGGACGAGCUGUCUCAGUCGUUAACGUUGGAAAUGAAUGCAACUCCCCAACGUAUCAUUUUGGCUUCUGUGAAUCGACAGGGCAUCGAAACAAGUAA